GCCGCCAUGAACGCCGCGGUGGUGAAGCGGACGCAGGAGGCCCUGGGGAAGGUGAUCCGGAGGCCGCCGCUGACGGAGAAGCUGCUGAGCAAGCCCCCGUUCCGCUACCUGCACGACAUCAUCACGGAGGUGAUUAGGAUGACCGGUUUCAUGAAGGGCCUCUACACAGACGCUGAGAUGAAGUCCGAUAAUGUUAAGGAUAAAGAUGCAAAAAUUAGCUUCCUUCAGAAGGCCAUAGACGUGGUGGUGAUGGUUUCGGGAGAGCCACUGUCAGCAAAGCCAGCGCGGAUCGUGGCCGGGCACGAGCCUGAAAGAACAAACGAGCUGCUGCAGAGAAUCGGCAGGUGCUGCCUCAGCAAGCUCUCCAGCGAUGAGGCAGUGAAGAGAGUGUUAGCUGGAGAGAAGGGGGAUCUGAAGGGAAGGUCCUCACUGAUGUCAAAAUCUCAGGAAUUGGACAAUAAGAAUGCACAAGAAGAAGAGCCCAGAGUUCAUAAAGAUAAAGAGGAUAAAAGGAACUCUGAAAUAAAUGAGAGGAGUACAAGCAGAGAUCGGAAACAGAAAGAAGAAGUGAAGGAAGAAAGCAAAGCAAGAGAGAAGGACAAAGAGAAGGAGAAGACGAAGGAGAACGACCGUGAGAGACAUAAAGAUCCUGAACGAGACAAGCACCGGGAUGGGGAGAGAGAACGAGCCAGAAACCGGGCCAAGCAGGACAGAGACCGAGGCAACAGAGACCGCGACAAAGAUCUGGACCAUGAGAGAGAGAGAAGGAAUGAGGGAGGAAAGGAGAAAGAGAGGUGGAAAGACCGGGAGAGAGAGCGUGAGCGAGACAAGGCCCGGGACAGGGACAGGGACAGGGACAGGCGGAAGCUGAAGGAUGGGGAGCGCUCCAGGGACCCUGACAGGGAGAAGAGCAGAGAGCAUGACAAACCCGAGAAAAAGUCCUCGAGCUCAGGGGAGGUGUCCAAAAAGAUGCCAGAUGGAUCUUUGAAAGACUCCAAAGCUGAGACAGAGACCGAGAUUUCCACUAGAGCGCCCAGGUCAGUGGCAACGAAAGCAUCAAAACGGCGAUCCAAAAAUGCAGUGGAAGGAAGAAAGGAAGAUAAUAUUUCAGCUAAAAUGUUAGAUCCUGUAGUGUCUGGAUUAAAUCAUGAAGCAGAUCAGGAAACUACGACUUCAGAAAUUGGAACAAAAGAAGCUAAUACUAACUCAGCUAGUGUUUCAGAUGAUAACUCAGCGAGUGUGUGGCGGGAGAAUGUUGAGCCUGAGCCAGCAGUGAAGCAGAAAGGUGACUCUCCUAGUGAUGCAGAAGGAGAAGUUGGACCUUCUGGCCCAGAGAAGCCUGAGGUGUCCGAGAGCUCCGAGCUGCCGGGCGAGCUUCCAGCCAAUCUCAGAAGAAUACCUCGGCCUGGGAGUGCGAGGCCAGCACCCCCCCGUGUGAAGCGCCAGGACAGCGUGGAGGCGCUGACACCAGACAGGACCGGAAGUGGGAAAAUUGUUGCCAGUGUGAUCAUAGACGCGCAGAACUCUGACAAUGAGGACGACAGUCAGUUUGUGGUGGAGGCAGCCCCCCAGCUCCCUGAGACGUCGGAGCUGGAAGUGGUGCCUGCGGUAGACAUGGAGGCCGAGGAGAAGCACGGAGGACUUGUGAAAAAGAUUCUGGAGACCAAGAAAGAUUAUGAGAAGUUUCAGCGGGCACCCAGACCUGGAGAGAAGGAGAAGUCGCUUGUCUUUGAGGCCGCGUGGAAGAAGGAGAAGGACAUAGUUUCCAAGGAGAUCGAGAAGCUGCGCGUGUCCAUCCAGACCCUGUGCAAGAGCGCGCUCCCCCUGGGGAAGAUCAUGGACUACAUCCAGGAGGAUGUGGACGCCAUGCAGAAUGAGCUACAGCUGUGGCAUAGUGAGAACAAGCAGCACGCCGAGGCCCUGCAAAAGGAGCAGAGCAUCACAGAUGGUGCAGUCGAGCCCCUGAAGGCCGAGCUGGCUGAGCUGGAACAGCUGAUCAAAGACCAGCAGGACAAGAUCUGUGCCGUGAAGGCCAACAUCCUGAAGAACGAGGAGAAGAUUCAGAAAAUGGUCUACAGCAUCAACCUGAGCUCGAGAAGGUGAAGCUCACAUGUUUCCAAAGCUGGAAGUCCUCCUCAGUCUGAAAAUAAAAAGGAAGAUAGAACGUCACCACUCUCUCAGUUCAGUUUCCUGAGAAAAUGAAGCUUUCCGUGUCCUCCCUCCAAGGUGCAGAGCUCUGAAAACGCAGGCACAUCUGUGUGUUGAGGGCCGUGUUCUGUCCCCUUCCUCCAGCGGGGGUGUUGCCUGCCGUGCGGACGUGUUCUCUGCGUCUCCGUGAGGCCCGUUGUGCUCAGGGCCAUGCCAGAAGUCGCUAGCAGGUGAGUGGGGGUGGCACACAAGGAAGCCAUGUCCUCAGUUUCGGGUUUUACGGCUGGUGACAGGACCCUGAAGGGAGGGGAGUGAAGGGUGGCUGCCUUCUGACGGCACUUACAAACAGAAAUGGGGCCUGACCACGAGUCCGCUCUGUUUUGAGUUCAUUUCCCCUUGGAAAGGGUUCAUUUCAGUCUGUAUCUUUAUAAGGUACACCUGAGGUUUUUUUUCUUAAAGAUCUUUGCAACUGUGUAUACCUCUUUGUCAUUUUCUCAUUCGUCCCUAUGGCCUCUUGCUUGUGUUUGCAGCCUUAAAGUUCAUAUAUUUAGGAGAUUUCAGUAUGUCCUUCAUGGACAUUCGGCCCCAGGGUUUUCCCCACGUAGGUAGCAGUGAGCUGCUCUGGGCCUGUACUCGCCUGGGCCUGUGGCCUCGGUGUCUUUCCUGGUCCUUCCCGUAGAUGUGCAUUCUAGAGAGGCCCGUAGCUCGAGGCAAACAGCUGAAGGAAUACUUCAGGGGACACACCAAUUUGCAACAUUUUUUGAUGUUACCAUUUUUUUGGAAAUUAUUUUGUAAAACAAGGUUUUUUUAGAAUGUGGUUUAUAUUAAGUUUUUCACUCACAUUUGAUAAUUGUAAAUACUAAAAAAAGUCUGAAGUUUGUAUAUAAAGGAUUCCAGAGUUUGGAGGCAUACGGUUCAUAUGGUCUGGGUCCUGAUGCUGUUAUUUCUAGACACUUACGGUGUGAACCAUGCAGUGCCAUUUAAAUGUUAGAAUUGCCUGAGAAAGUUCUGCUUCUUUAAGUCUUAGCACAAAUGCACAGAUUAGGUUUCCUUACUGUCAUUUCCCAAAAGAAAUCCUUUUCUGAGGUGGUUAUGUGAUUUUACCAAGCUGAAUCAGUUUAAGGUCAGAUUAUGAAACUCUGCUGUUUUGACACAUUGGUCACUUGGUCAUUUCUAUGCUGCACCGUAAAAUUGAUCAGAUUGUACUAAAUGCAUUAUUGGAGGCGGGAGGGUGUCCGUUAACAAGUCCCCCCAUGUGCUUUUCUCUCUUCUUCUGAUUUGAAUGACUUAGACAUAACCCUAAAUGGACAGUUUUGCUUCAAGAUGUGUUUGCCUUUUAUGAAUUUGUACAUUGUACACGAAUAGGAUUUUUGCAUUGCAAAAAAAAAUUGCAUACAUUUUAUGUGAGUAAAAUUUUGUAUGAAGUAGUUUAUUGAAUUGUAUCAUAAAAUUUAUUUUUAUUUUAUACAUAAAUCAUUAAAAACAGUCACAUAUUUUUUCUAUAAGUGUAUGGGUUGCACAAUUCACUUCACAGCUAGAGAAAAUAUAAGCAUUUGGAUUUUUGUAUUUUCACAUGUAUAUUUUAUUUUUCUUGUGAAGAAAGUUCAGGGAAAUUUAUCUUUUCAUUCCUAUCAUGACACUUAAUCCAUGUUCUGUAUGAAUUAAAGUUUUAUAAGACUGAUAAGCAUUUGUCAGAAAUUUCAAGGUCUCUCAUGAAGUUUUAGACAGUCUCUGUGAUGAUUGUGGUAUCAUAUCAGAGACACAUUAAGUCCUGAUAUUAUCUGUUACUUUGAGAAAGUAUGCAAGGGGGUUAUUAAACCUUUAGCUCUGCUUUGGCUUGGACCUUUCCAGGAAGUAUGGGAUCUCACUGCGGAAUUUUAAUCUAAAAGUAGAGCUGACAUUAAUUUAUAUUCAAAGAAAAUGUGUAAACCUUUGGGGAAAAAAUUCAGGACUAAAAUGUGAACUUUCUGCUUUGAUAGUCAUGCUUAUUUUUCUUUUCAAUAAGCAAUUUAAACAAAUACUGGUGACAGGUUGGUGACGAGAGAUGAUGUCACUCAGUGACAUGGAGUGUGUUUGGGAUGUUGGGUGGUCUGGAGUCCCACCCUGUGUCCUGACCGGCGCCCCAGAGCAUGCUUGCCCUCCUUGUCUGCGCUGUGCCGAGCUGACUGCGUCUGUCUGCUCUUGGUGCGCAGGGUCAGGGCACACGAGUGGGUCAAGGGCAGCGGGGCUAGACCAACCUGUGUGCGAACACGCAGAUGUCCAUGGUCACAGGCUUGGCAUGACCAGCUGCGGGAGCUUCCACGAGCAUCAGCUUCAGUGGAGGCCAUGCAAAACAAGACCGUGGGUUGGCAUGCCCACUGUGAGGGUGCCCCCAGCUCCAGGAUCUUCCGUGCCUACCCAGCGAUACCUCCCUAGGAGCCAGUCACAGCCUCGAGGGCAGGCUUCCUGCCAUGCAGCAGGGGACUGGCCGGAGGGAGCCGGGCAGUCACGUGAUCUGCUGAGGAGGGAGGUGGGAGGCGGGAGCGCCCCCUCAGGACCAGAGGAGACUUGUGUCCUCCCCUCCGGCUCUGAGUUGAACCAUCUCACGAUGCACUUUAUAUAAAUCUUUUCUAUUUUCCCAAAAGGUGUCUUGGUAAGUGUAGUUUUACCAGCCUUGCAGUGGAGCAAAAGUGAGGCCCUGUUUGCUUGUUUUGGGGGUUUUCAUGAAGGAAGAUUGGGAAGGACUUUUUUUUUAAUUUGGCUAGUGAAGGGAAAUGUAAAUGGUUUUUAAACUGUAACCUUUUUAAGCCGUAUUUAGAGCUGAGUUCCAAAUUGA